AUGCCUGAAGCAUCGUCCCAGCCUACCUCUGCCGCCACCACCGCCGCUGCUCCCGCGGCCGGCGCUCCCGUCAACCACUUUGGCGAGAACAGGGGCAUCAAGUUCCAUAUCAAGGCCGGCACCAGCACCUGGGCAUGCACUCUUCAGGAUCGCUCUCACUACGAGCGCAUCAAGGCCGCCCGUACCGGCUCUACCGACUCCGUCACCUCCUCCGCCUCUUCCGUCUCUGACGCUUCCCGUUAG